UGAUAUACAUGCUAGCAGGUCACGAAAGUUCUAUUCACCAGAAAAACACUGCAAUUUUAUUUCAAAUAAAGUAUUGAGAAUGUGCUUAUAACAUAAUGGCUUCAAGACCAAGUAGAAGUGCCCAUGGUGGGCUGCCGUUUACAGCUAACAGAACCAACACCACAACUCCAGCCAGGACGGCUGCUGGAUCUGGACAGAAGUAUCCUGAAAUUAAACAGAGAGGUUUUUACUCUGAUAUUCUUGGAGAUGAAGCAAAGGAGAGGCUUGGGAAUGUGUUGACAGGUCCACAGACAGCUCAGGACACAUUAUGGAAUGUCGGGAAAGAAACACAUGUUCCAAAAGUGACAACAUUCAGUAUCAGUGAUGCUGAUCCUGCAUUGCUGAAAGAUAAUUUGGAUGCCACGCAAUAUGGUCCAAGCACACAGAUGAAAGCAAUUUCGGACUUCCCAAUCGAAUCCUAUGAACCGAAAGUACAACUACCAUUUUUCACACCACCAGGACAGUGUCCCAGGAAAAUAGAAAUAGAAAGGAGAAAACGUCAUUACGCCAAACAAAAUCUCUAUAAACUUCUAGAAAAGGCUAAAAUCGACAGUGACAUGUUGAUGCCAAAACUCCUGACGGGAAACAACAACAUCAAACUUAACCUGGAUCCUAACGAUCCUGCCCCGUUCCCACCAUACUUGCCACUGGGAACGUUUGAUGAUGAGGAGUUUGAUUGCCGGACACCAGCUGAUUGGUUGACGAUGGGAAUUGAAAAUGGCGUCAGGAAGCCAGUGCCUGGACGGGCAUUGUUACUCACAGAUGAUAAGAAGAAGAACUUGGAUGCUAAUGAUCCGGAGUUGGAGUACUCCUGGUUUGAUGUCGGGAUGUUGGACUAUGACCCAGCUACCAAACUAUACCUGGUCCAGAAGGUAAACAAAGAGGGUCGCAUUGUGGAUGGGGCAGGAAAACCUGUCAUCAAUGGUGGAAUCAGGACAGAUGGAAGUCGAAUGUCUAUACCAUCUCAGUAUUGGAUCCCUAGGAUCAGGAUUAUGUUUUGUGCGGAGGACCCUGAGGGCUAUGUGAAGCGGAUUCACACGGCGUACCACAAGAGGAAGACAACGGAAGCGUUCCUGCGGUAUUGUUUGUACAUUGAUUGCAUGCCAAUGGAUGGUGUUGGUGAGCUUGACCAGGCGUCAUUGAAGAGGAUGAUUGAUUGGGCCAAGGGCUCAUCGCAACUGGCAAAGGAUAAAACUUUGGAUGACUACGUCCAGGUCCUAGAGAAGGAGGUCAACAUUGAUUUCUGUCGUUCAAUGAACAAGAUCAUCUUUGACAAGACAGUGGACGAUGAUCCAGCGACAUUUGCUUUUGUGACUGUCCCGCCACCUGAACAGAUGGUGGUGCCUUUCAAAGGUUGCUCCAAUGAUGUUCCAGAAUAUCCCUUUGAUGAACAAUAUGACAGCUUUGCCUUCAACUCCUUGUUGACCAGAGAGGAGAGUAUCAAUGCCAUUGGGAAAGUCCGCACGGAAUGUAACAAAGUCGGGGGCAUGUCACUCUUCCAUUGCCCCAUGACGAAAUACAUGAGGUUGGAGGAGUUUGAACAGACACAAAGCCAGGCAACAUCACAGGUUGCCCUAUUCCUGAAGGACAGUUGGAUCACAACGUUGAGAGCUUCAAUCAGGACGAGCCUGCGUGACGUAGGAAAGGGCUGGUUCAACAUCCAUGAGACAAACUGGGAGGUGUAUCAGAUCUCCAAGAUGAAGAAGUUUAUGGAGAUGGUCAAGUUUAACAUGCAGGAUUCACUCCGCUACCUCGUGCAAGAUUCACUCGUCAACUUCACCCAGAUGAUCAUUGAUGCGUGCUACGCUACAUUCCAGUGUGAGGAUGAUAUGACGUGGGAGAAUGACCUCCUGGUUAGCAGCUACAAACCCAGGAAGAACCCCCUGUUCUUCAUUGACCUCAUGCUGGACACUGCUGGCGUUCACUACAGCACCAACUUGAACAGCUUUGAGACUGUCCUGGUGGCUCUCUUUGACAAGGGGAUCGCAUCCACACAGAAUGUACCACAGCUUGAAAAGUACAUCAUGGAAGACAUCUUCUGGUCUGGUACCCCUUUGCUAGAAUCUGUGGGGGAACAUGAACCUCACGUUGAAGAGCUGAGAGAUGACGUCUGCCGGGCAAUCAGGAAGUCACUCUUCCCCAUGAAGUCAUACGCCAGGGAGUAUGAGCAGUACUUAGAGUUGAACAACAUGGAUAUCAAUGAAUACAUCAAGAAGUAUGAAGCAGAAGGUCACACCGCUGCAGAAGUGAAAAAGGAAUGUGAAGACCACUUGUUGGAGAAAGAAAUCCUUGAAGCUAAGAUCCCAAGUAACAUCAUCAUCGGGCCAUUCUACAUCAAUACGGAGAAUGUGAGGCAGGCAUUGGCAAAGAAACGCAAGGCUCUCAGCAAUGCGGUGUUGGAGUUACUGGCCAGGCAGCUGAAGAAACAGUCUGAUGAUGCUUGUGAAGAGUUCAAGGCGAUCAGCCGGAAGCUGUUUGAGAAGCCGAACACAAUAGAGGAGUUGUCGGAGAUGAGGGAGUGGAUGAAGGACAUCCCCGACAAGCUGAAGGAGCACCAGGAGCUGAUUGACAAGGCCAUGUCAGACUAUGAACUCAUUGAGGAGUUCUACUAUAACUUGUCUGCUGAUGAUUUCAAUGCAAAAUGGACCACAAUAAGUUGGCCGCAUAAGAUCGAGGUUCAGAUGGAACAGACUUAUAACCAGCUCGAAGAGGAUGAAGAAAGAUUCCACAAGUUACAACAGACUGAUCAGAGUAACUUCAAUGAUCGUCUGGAUACACUACAGAUGGUUGUUGCUGGUAUGGCCGCCUACACCGACAUCAACAAGGCGCAUGAGAUAGCCAAUGAGAUCCGUCGUGUCAACAAACAGCUCAAGGAUGCCCAGUCCCUUGCAACAACGUACAACAACAGGGAGAGAUUAUUCGGCAUGCCGAUUACAAACUAUGACAAGCUGACCAAGCUUGUCAAGGACUUUGAACCGUUCCGCAACCUUUGGCUGACAGUUUCUGAUUGGUUAAAAUGGCACGAAAGCUGGAUGAAUGAUCCGUUGACGACGAUCGACGCAGAGAGCUUGGAGAAGAACGUUGCUGAUGCCUACAAGACGAUGCAUAAAUCUGUGAAGAUAUUUGCUGAUAUACCAGGUGUGUCUGAAGUUGCCACAGAAAUCAAGGGUUUCAUUGAGGACUUCCGUCCAUUCAUCCCACUCAUCCAAGGCCUAAGGAACCCGGGUAUGAGGAACAGGCAUUGGGAGAGUCUCUCCACUGACCUUGGCUUCCCAAUCAGGCCCAAGGCCACGUUGACAUUCAGCAAAUGCUUAGAAAUGAAGCUCCAGGACCAUAUCACGACCAUCUCAAAGAUUGCAGAGGUCGCUGGGAAGGAAUAUUCUAUAGAGCAGGCGCUUGAUAAGAUGGAAGGAGAGUGGGGACCGGUGCAGUUUGAGAUCAUGCCCUAUAAGAGUACCGGCACGUACAUCCUGAAGGCCUCGGAGGACAUCUCACAGCUUCUUGAUGAUCAUAUAGUCAUGACGCAGAGUAUGUCCUUCUCACCCUUCAAGAAGCCAUUUGAAGAACGUAUCAGCACCUGGGAGAAUAAGUUGCGCACAACACAGGAUGUGCUGGAUGAGUGGCUGCUCUGCCAGCGAUCAUGGCUUUACCUAGAGCCCAUCUUCAGCUCUGAUGACAUCAACCGCCAGCUGCCAGUUGAGAGCAAGAGGUACCAGACGAUGGAGAGGAUCUGGAGGAAGAUCAUGAAAAAUGCCAAAGAAAACCCUACAGUCAUCUCCCUUUGUCCUGACAAUCGUCUUCUGGACAACCUGCGUGAAUGCAACAAGCUGCUAGACCAAGUCCAGAAGGGUCUCAGCGAGUACCUCGAAACCAAGAGGAACGCCUUCCCAAGAUUCUACUUUCUGUCCGAUGAUGAGUUGCUUGAGAUUCUGUCACAGACGAAAGAUCCAACUGCUGUACAACCUCAUCUCAGGAAGUGCUUUGAGAAUAUUGCAAAGCUUAAAUUUGAGGAUGAUCUGAAGAUCACUUGCAUGUAUUCGGCCGAGGGCGAAGCGGUUCCCUUCAAGGAGACCAUGUACCCAACUGGGAAUGUAGAGGACUGGCUCCUGGAGGUUGAAAGGGUCAUGAGAGAGAGUUUGAGGCAGACGAUUGGGGAGGCUCUUGUCAACUAUAAAGAGGUUCCAAGGACGAAAUGGGUUGUCAGCUGGCCAGGUCAGGUGAUCAUCGUGGUCAGUCAGGCAUUCUGGACUACAGAAGUGACGGAAGGUUUGGCAGAGAAAGAUAUCCCUGGGGUCUAUGCCAAGCAACUGCAGCAGUUGGAUGAUCUCCGUAAUCUUGUACGCGGCGACCUCACGAAGACGGAGAGGCAAAUCUUGUCUGCCUUGAUUGUCAUUGAGGUGCAUGCCCGUGACGUGGUGGGGACACUUGUGGAGGAAAAAGUGGAGAACCCCAAUGCGUUUGAGUGGAUCAGUCAGAUGAGGUAUUACUGGGUAGAUCAGAACAUGUUUUGUCGAGCUGUGAAUGCUGAGUUCCCCUACAUGUACGAGUACCUCGGCAAUUCGGGGCGAUUGGUCAUCACGCCCCUCACCGACAGGUGUUACUUGACACUAACUGGAGCACUCCAUCUGAAGUUUGGUGGUGCCCCGGCUGGACCUGCUGGUACCGGGAAGACCGAGACAACGAAAGAUUUGGCCAAAGCUUUGGCUGUCCAGUGUGUCGUCUUUAACUGCUCGGAUCAGCUUGAUUUCAUGGCUAUGGGAAAAUUCUUCAAGGGUCUGGCUAGUUCCGGUGCCUGGGCAUGUUUCGACGAAUUCAACCGUAUUGACAUUGAGGUGUUGUCCGUGGUCGCCCAACAGAUCACCACCAUCCAGAAAGCUCAGCAACAGAGGGUUGACCGUUUCAUCUUUGAGGGCGUGGAACUUGCCCUGAAGGCAUCAUGCGCCGUCUUCAUCACCAUGAACCCUGGUUAUGCCGGCAGGACCGAGCUGCCUGAUAACCUGAAGGCGUUGUUCCGUCCCGUCGCUAUGAUGGUGCCGGAUUACGCCCUGAUUGCUGAGAUCUCACUGUUUUCAUUUGGAUUCGCUGUGGCCAAGGCACUAUCCAAAAAGAUUGUAACAACUUUCAAGCUGUCUUCAGAACAGCUAAGCUCACAGGACCAUUACGAUUUUGGCAUGAGAGCUGUGAAGUCUGUCAUCUCUGCUGCUGGGAACUUGAAGCGCCAGAAUCCGGACAUGAGUGAGGAGCUAAUCACACUGCGUGCCAUCCGUGACGUCAACGUACCAAAGUUCUUGAUGGAUGAUUUGAAACUCUUCAAUGGCAUCGUGUCUGAUCUCUUCCCAAAUAUCAAGGAGGAACCAAUCGAUUACGGAGACCUGGAUUCAUCUCUGAGGAAAACUUGCAUCAAGAACGGGCUGAAAGAUGUUGAAGGCUUUAUCCACAAGUGUAUCCAGCUUUAUGAAACCACAGUGGUGCGGCAUGGUCUCAUGUUGGUCGGUCCGACAGGAUCUGGAAAGACCAAGUGUUACGAGACACUACAGAAAGCCAGCACGGCCUUAAAGGGGACCAUUGCUCCCUCGGGCUCUCCAUUUGAAGCCACCCACACAUACGUCCUCAACCCCAAGUCCAUCACGAUGGGUCAGCUCUAUGGUGAAUUCGAUGCUCUCACCCAUGAAUGGACUGAUGGUAUCCUGUCGUCGUUGAUCCGUGUCGGUGCAGCCUCCCCGGACACAGACAAGAGGUGGUACGUGUUCGAUGGACCGGUUGAUGCUGUCUGGAUCGAGAACAUGAACACUGUGUUGGAUGACAAUAAGAAGCUUUGUCUCAGCAGUGGAGAGAUUAUCAAGCUCUCAGAGGACAUGACUAUGAUGUUUGAGGUGGCCGACUUGGCUGUUGCUUCCCCUGCCACAGUCAGUCGUUGUGGUAUGGUCUACCUAGAGCCAGGGAUCCUUGGCCUGCAACCCUUCGUUGAGUGCUGGUUGAAGAAGCUACCUGACCCCAUCUGGCCGUACAAGGAGAGGCUGACUGAGCUAUUUGAAAUCUUUAUGGAGGACUGCAUCAACUUCAUCCGCAAGAACGUGAAGGAGAUAGUUGGCUCAAUGGACAGCACCCUGACGUUUAGUUUGCUUAAGCUCCUCGACUGUUUCUUUGCUCCAUUCAUCCCCAAGGAGGCCAAAUUGCGACAUGCGGGUGAGAAACCGAUUCCCGAGGAGAGGAUUGCCAGGAUUGUUGAACUGAUCGACGCAUGGUUCAUUUUUUCUCUCGUAUGGACAGUGGGAGCCACCUGUGACAACGAUGGCCGCAAAAAAUUCAGCGAUUUUGUUCGAAAGAAAUGCAAGGAGGCUAAGUUGGACCUGCCAUUCCCUGAUGAGGGUCUAGUCUACGACUAUCGUCUUGAUGAUGGGGGCAUCAGCAGACCUGGCUCUGAUGAUGAUGAAGAGGAGGGCGAAAAUAAGGAUAAGAAACCAGUCCAAUGGGGCAGCUGGAUGGAUGGCAUGGAUGAGUACACAAUCGCACCAGACAUGCGUUUCUCUGACAUCAUUGUGCCGACCAUGGACACGAUCAGGAGUUCACACAUUGUCGAGAUGCUGCUCACCAAUAAUAAGACGGUGAUGUGUAUUGGUCCCACUGGUACUGGCAAGUCUCUGACCAUUGGUGAUAAGCUGACGAAGAACAUGCCCAAGGAGUAUAUCCCAGAGUUCAUGACCUUCUCUGCCAAGACAAGCGCCAACCAGACACAGGAUCUCAUCGAUGGCAAGCUUGACAAAAGGCGUAAGGGAGUGUUUGGCCCUCCUCUCGGUCGCUACUUCAUCUUCUUCGUUGAUGACCUGAACAUGCCCGCCCUUGAGGUGUAUGGAGCCCAGCCUCCCAUUGAGCUGAUCAGGCAAUGGAUGGACUUCAGGGGAUGGUACGACAGGAAAAUGAUCGGUGAAUUCCGUCAUCUUGUUGAUGUGAACUUUGUGUGUGCCAUGGGGCCACCUGGUGGUGGGCGUAACCCUGUUACAUCACGUCUCAUGAGACAUUUCAACUACGUGGCAUUCAUUGAGAUGGAGAACGAGAGUAAACAGAAGAUCUUUGGAACCAUCCUCAAGUCGUGGAUUGAUCAAAACUCCAACAUCCGUGAGCAGUGUAGUCAGAUGGUCUCAACAUGUAUCAGUGUGUAUGACACUAUCACCACCCAGCUCUUGCCCACUCCAGCCAAGUCUCACUACACGUUCAACUUGAGAGAUUUAUCAAAAGUCUUCCAGGGUAUUCUCAUGGCCGAUAUCACCAAAUUGAAUGGUGUGAAUGACCUCCUGCGCCUCUGGUUCCACGAGAACUGCCGCGUCUUCCAAGAUCGUCUCGUGAACGACGAGGAUCGUAUGUGGUUCAAGGGUCUUCUGCAGGAGAAGAUGAAGACAGACUUCUUGACCGAGUUCUCCGAGGUUGUGACUCUGGAACCUGUCUUGUAUGGCGACUUCAUGGUGGCUGCAGUUGACAACAAACUCUACGUUGAGAUUGACGACCAUGCAAAGAUGGUGAAGGUGAUGGAGGAUUACCUUGACGAUUACAAUCAGGUGAACACAGCCCAGAUGAAACUUGUCCUCUUCAUGGAUGCCGUCAGACAUGUGUGUAGGAUAAGUCGUGUCAUCAGGCAGCCGCUCGGUAAUGCCCUCUUACUUGGUAUGGGUGGCAGUGGACGACAGAGUUUAACCAGGCUUGCCUCUUACAUGGCCGAGUAUGACUGUUUCCAAGUUGAACUGGCCAAGAACUAUGGCAUGAGUGAGUGGCGUGAAGAUUUGAAACAGCUGAUGUUCAAGGCUGGUCUGGAAAAUAAGUCCAUGGUCUUCCUCUUCAGUGACACUCAGAUUAAGAGUGAAGCUUUCCUUGAAGAUAUCAACAAUAUUUUGAAUGCUGGUGAUGUGCCGAAUAUCUAUGCUAUCGAUGAGUUGGACAACAUCUACACAACCAUGAAGCCAAUAGUCCAAGAUCUCGGUCUGCAGCCGACCAAGACUAAUCUCUUCUCUGCAUACACCAAGCGUGUCAGGAGCAAUCUGCACACUGUUAUCACUAUGAGUCCUAUCGGUGAGAUCUUCCGUGCACGCCUCCGUCAGUUUCCCGCCCUUGUCAACUGCUGUACAAUUGAUUGGUUCAGUAACUGGCCUAGUGACGCCUUGCAGUCUGUUGCCAUGAGGUUCCUCAAUGAGAUCCCUGAUCUUGAUGCCAGCGAUGAAGCUAUGACAGGCCUGAUGAUUAUGUGUGAGAAAAUUCACAAUUCAGUGACAACUGCCUCGGAGAAGUUCUUGUCCGAGUUGUCCCGUCACAACUAUGUGACACCGACGAGCUACCUGGAGCUGCUAGGUAUAUUCUCCAAACUCAUCACGAUGAAGAAGAUGGAGCUGAUCAGUGCCAAGAAGAGAACCAAGACUGGUCUUGAUAAGUUGCUUACCACGGCAGACGAGGUGGCGAAACUUCAAGAGGAUUUGGAGACAAUGAAACCCAUGUUGGCAGAUGCUGUCCAAGAAUCCAUUGCAACGAUGGAGCAAAUUGCUAAAGAUACGGUUGUAGCUGAAGCCACCAAGGAGGUUGUGCAGAAGCAGGAGGCUGCAGCCACACUGAAGGCACGGGAAUCUCAAGCUAUUGCUGAUGAUGCCCAGAAAGAUUUGGAUGAAGCUUUGCCUGCCUUGGAUGCUGCUCUUGCCAGUCUGAAGUCUUUGAACAAGAAUGAUGUGAUUGAAGUGCGUGCCCUCCAGCGUCCACCAGAUGGUGUCAGAUUGGUCAUUGACGCCGUCUCCAUCAUGAAGGGUGUGAAACCAAAGAGGAUAGCUGGUGACAAGCCCGGUGAGAAGAAAGAUGACUACUGGGAGGUUGGAAAAGCCCUGCUCCAGGAUCCCGGCAAGUUCUUGGAGAGUCUAUUCAAAUAUGACAAGGAUAACAUCCCAGAUACCGUCAUCCAGAAGAUCCAACCAUACAUCGACAACGAGGCAUUCAUGCCCGCUGCAAUUGCUAAAGUCUCCAAGGCUUGUACGUCUAUCUGUCAGUGGGCCAGAGCUAUGCACAAGUACCACUUUGUGGCAAAAGGCGUUGCCCCGAAAAGAGAGGCAUUGCGUCAAGCUCAAAGUGAGUUGGCUGAGACGCAGAAGAUUUUGGACGAGGCUGUUGGCAAGUUGCGUGAAGUUGAAGAGGGUAUUGCUACAUUGCAAGCGAAGUAUGAUGACUGUGUGAAUAAGAAGGAGGAGUUGGAGAGGAAGUGUGAGCAGUGUGAGCAGAGGCUUGUCAGAGCUGAUAAGCUGAUUGGUGGUCUAGCGGAUGAGAAGGAGAGAUGGAAGGAAUCCGUUGAACGCAUUGAUUACCUUGUAACGAACAUCAUGGGUGACAUCCUAAUCGCUUCAGGAAACAUUGCCUACCUUGGACCAUUCACUGGUGAAUACCGUUUGAACCUGUGCGGCUCCUGGUUCACAGACUUGGAUGAGAAUAAAGUGCCCCACACAGAGGACCCCAGUCUCAUUGGGUCUCUGGGCGAUCCAGUUAAGAUUCGUAGUUGGCAGAUUGCUGGUCUUCCCAAGGAUAACUUGUCAGUUGAAAAUGGUGUAAUUGUGCAGUUCUCACAGCGGUGGCCUUUGUUCAUUGAUCCUCAAGGUCAAGCUAACAAGUGGGUGAAGAACUUGGAACAUGAGAAUGGCCUUGAUGUAAUCAAACUCUCCGACCGUGACUUCUUGAGAAGUCUGGAGAAUGCUGUCAGGUUUGGUAAGCCGUGCCUGCUGGAGAACGUAGGAGAGGAGUUGGAUCCCGCACUGGAGCCAAUCCUGUUGAAGCAGACAUUCAAACAGUCUGGUAGCACUGUGAUCAAGCUUGGAGAUGCCGUCAUCCCAUACCAUGACGAUUUCAAGUUCUACAUCACGACCAAGCUGCCCAACCCCCACUACACACCGGAGGUCUCCACUAAAGUCACUCUCGUCAACUUUACUCUUUCACCAAGUGGUCUUGAGGAUCAGUUGUUGGGUAUCGCCGUGGCAGAAGAGAGGCCAGACUUGGAGGAGGCGAAGAACCAAUUGAUCGUCAGCAAUGCCAAGAUGAAACAAGACCUGAAGGAGAUCGAGGACAAGAUUCUCCACAAGCUGAGCACAUCUGAAGGCAGUCCUGUAGAUGAUGUGGAACUGAUUGCAACCUUGGAAGCUUCCAAGGUCAAGUCUUUGGAAAUCAAGGCUAAAGUCGCAGUUGCUGAGCAGACGGAGCGUGACAUUGAUGAGACACGUAGCAAGUACAUUCCUGUAGCCGUCAACACCCAGAUUCUCUUCUUCUGCGUGGCUGAUCUUGCUAGCAUUGACCCUAUGUACCAGUAUUCUCUUGAGUGGUUCAUUGGUAUCUUCUUGGCUGGCAUUGCUAAUGCUGAGAGAGCAGAAAACCUGACGCAGCGUAUCAAGAACAUCAACGAGUACUUCACAUUCAGUCUGUACAGCAACGUCUGCCGGUCGCUGUUUGAGAAACACAAACUCCUUUUCUCCUUCCUGCUCAGUACCAGGAUCAUGAUGCAUGAUGGCAAGAUUAAUAUGGACGAAUGGCGUUUCAUGCUUGCUGGUGGUGCAGUCAAGCCAAAAGAUAUCGAGAACCCUGCCCCGGAGUGGCUUUCAGAGCGGUCAUGGGGAGACAUCCUGACCAUGGGUGCCCUCAAAACAUUCGCCGACUUCCCUGAGGAUUUCAAGCACCAUCUGCCUGGAUUCAAGAAGCUGUUUGACAGUCCUGAUCCUCAUCUAGAACCGCUCCCAGGCAAUUGGAAUGAUGACCUGGACAUGUUCCAGAAACUCAUUGUGUUGAAGGGCUUGCGGUCCGACAAGGUCACCAAUGGCAUGCAGGAGUUUGUUGCUGCGAACUUGGGUCAGCGCUUUAUCGAGCCGCAGACGGCAGACUUGGGCGCUGUCUAUAAAGACUCGUCCCCAACAACACCACUUAUCUUUGUCCUGUCAUCAGGAACUGAUCCUGCCGCUGACUUAUACAAGUUUGCUGAGGAGCUGAGAUUUGCAAAGAAAUUGAGUUCCAUCUCACUUGGACAGGGACAGGGUCCACGUGCUGAAGCAAUGAUGAGAAGUGCCAUGGAGCGAGGCAAAUGGGUGUUCUUCCAGAACUGUCAUUUAGCGCCAAGUUUCAUGCCAAUGUUGGAAAGAUUGGUCGAACAAAUUGAUCCUGAUAAGGUCCACCGCGACUUCCGCCUUUGGUUGACCAGUAUGCCAAGUCCUAAAUUUCCCGUCUUCAUCCUGCAAAACGGCUCCAAGUUGACAAUGGAGCCACCGAGGGGCAUCAAGGCAAACUUAUUGAAGACGUACUCGAGUCUGAAUGAUGAUUUCCUGAACUCUUGCGGAGAAAAGCACUCGCAAAGGAAUUCAGAGUUCCGCCACCUCUUACUCUCUCUCUGCCUGUUCCACGGUGUCCUGCUCGAACGGAGGAAGUUUGGCGCCCUUGGGUUUAACAUUCCGUAUGAGUUCACGGACGGAGAUUUGCGUAUCUGUAUUAGCCAGCUGAAGAUGUUCUUGUCAGAGUACGCAGACAUUCCAUUCAAGGUACUGAUGUAUACUGCUGGCCACAUCAACUACGGUGGUCGUGUGACUGACGACUGGGAUCGCCGCUGCCUCAUGAACGUCCUGGGUGGCUACUACUACCCUGAUGUGAUGGAUGAGAAUUACGUUUACUCGGGAGUCUACAAACAAGUCAGCACAUCCUUUGACCAUAAUGGAUACAUGAACUACAUCAGGAGUCUACCUAUCAAUGACACACCGGAGAUCUUCGGGCUCCAUGACAAUGCCAACAUCACGUUCGCCCAGAAUGAAACAUUCCAGCUUCUGACGGGCCUGUUGAAGUUGCAGCCCAAGACAGCAUCUGGUGGAGGCAGGACAAGGGAAGAGAUCAUGGAAGAGACCGCACACAAUAUCCUUGAUGAGGUCCAGGAUCCCAUUGACUUGAACAUGGUCAUGGAGAAGUACCCAGUCAAGUAUGAACAGUCCAUGAAUACUGUGCUGAUCCAAGAAGUUAUCAGAUACAACCGUCUGCUGUCCACAAUCAAGCAGAGUCUGAAUGACUUACUGAAGGCCCUGAAAGGUCUUGUUGUGAUGUCCCAGGCCUUGGAAGAGAUGGCCAACAGCCUGUUCAACAAUGCUGUACCAAGUAUGUGGGCAGGCAAGGCGUAUCCAUCGUUGAAGCCCCUGGCCUCCUGGGUGACAGAUCUCGUUUCUCGACUUGGGUUUGUCAAUGAUUGGAUUCGUGAUGGCAUCCCAUCGGUUUUCUGGAUCUCCGGAUUCUUCUUCCCGCAAGCCUUCUUGACAGGAACUCUUCAGAACUAUGCCAGGAAGGAGGUGGUUUCCAUAGAUACCAUUUCAUGGGGAUUCGAGGUGAUAGACAAAGAAGUGUCUGAGCUUUCCAAGAGCCCCGCUGAUGGUUGUUAUAUCCGAGGCCUGUUUGUUGAGGGUGCUCGAUGGGACUCUGACACUUCAUCCCUUGCCGAGUCCAUGCCCAAGAAGCUCUACACAGACUUUCCACCAUUAUGGCUCAUUCCCACGCCCAAUAGGAAGCCUCCAGAUUCAGGAGUGUAUGAGUGUCCUGUCUAUAAGACCUUGACAAGAGCUGGUACCCUAUCUACAACCGGCCACUCAACCAACUUUGUGUUUGCUAUCGAAGUUCCGUCAAACAAAUCCCAGAAACAUUGGAUCGAACGAGGCGUGGCCAUGCUCUGUGCCCUCAACUACUAAACGCUAAAAGGGACAUUUAUGGACCUCUAGUUCCAUUUUGAACUUUAAAGUUUUUGUUUUGUUGAAAUUUUUGAUUGGAAAAUGUUGAAAAGAAUUGUUGCAUUUGCCGUCUGCGACCACACCUAGAAUUAAACAUGUGGAGUGAAUUGAUUCUUCAGUCAUUAUGUGAGAAGUACAUACAUGUAUGCAUUGAUCAGAUUUCAGAAACAUAUGGCCAACAUUUGUCUUUCCCACAAUGACUUUUUCCAUUUCAUUGGUUGUGAUAUAUCAUGAAAAACUUUCUGGGAAAUUCUAUUCUGGUUUAGAGGCUUGAGCAGACUUGAAUUGGGAUUGAUUUCAUUGAUGAAAUUUCUCAUGUUAGACAGUCCGUACAUUUAACUUAUGAUAUUUGUAUAUAACAACAAUUGACAUAAAUUGAAAAACUGUACAUUAUUUGAUUUGUAAAUUUGUUUUGAUUGUUAUGAACACUGAACCAUCCAUUUAUCUAAAAGAUUAUGUUUUGUGGAGAAAUAUAUAUCAUUUUGAAUUUGUUGUUUCCGUCCAAGAAACAGCUUCACUCAGUCAGAAGAAACAUUGAUCAAAUAUCAACUUAUAAAGAGCCUAUCAUUUCUUGUAUGAUUCAAAUUGCAGUUUAUUUUUGUUCAUGAAAUAUUCUUCCCGUCAUUGAUAAAUUCCGUCCGGCUGUUGAAUUGUGAAAGCUAAUAAUCAAUUUGUUAUUCAUGUUUUUGCACAUGAAAUAUUUCCUGUAGACAUUAUUUUCACUGUUGAGGAUUUACUAUUAAACUUUUAUAAAAAAUA